AGGAAAUUUGAAUGGUUAAGAUUCGUUUAGGACUCGCAUUUUCCAUUUCAAAUGAACACCCCGCGAUUGUAAUCCAAAAGCAACAUCCAGAAAACGAAAAACAGAAAAACAAAAAGAAAAAAUCAUUUUGGAUCGUUUUCUUUGAUCCAUUUCAUCUUCAACUCCAACUCCUCUGUUCGGUCUCAGGCAUCGUCUUGAAAAGAUGCCGGAGAUCGAACACGGACGGGGCGCCGCCGUCUGGCAGCCGUCCGAGGAGAACGCCUUGUUCGAGAAGUACGAGGUGGGGAAGCUCCUGGGAUGCGGCGCCUUCGCGAAGGUGUACCACGCUCGGGACAUCAGGAGCGGGCAGAGCGUGGCGAUUAAGGUGAUCAACAAGAAGAAGAUCUCGAGCCCAGCCAUGAUGGCGAACAUCUUGCGGGAGAUCUCUAUCAUGCGCCGCCUGCACAACCCUCAUACCGUGCGCCUCCACGAGGUGCUCGCCACCAAGACCAAGAUAUACUUCGUGAUGGAGUUUGUAAAGGGCGGGGAGCUGUUCGCCAAGGUGGCUAAGGGGCGGUUCAGCGAGGAUCUCAGCCGGAAGUAUUUCCGGCAGCUGAUCUCCGCCGUCGGUUACUGCCACUCGCGCGGGAUCUUCCACCGGGAUCUCAAGCCCGAGAAUCUCCUCAUCGACGAGAACGGCGAGUUGAAAGUCUCGGAUUUCGGCCUCAGCGCCUUAAACGAUCAGGUCCGCCAGGACGGUUUACUCCACACGCUUUGCGGAACGCCGGCCUACGUCGCGCCGGAGAUUCUGUCGAAGAAAGGCUACGACGGAGCCAAAGUCGACGUCUGGUCGUGUGGAGUCAUCCUCUACGUUCUCACCGCCGGAUUCCUGCCGUUCAACGAUCCGAAUUUGAUGGUGAUGUAUAAGAAGAUUUACAAGGGCGAGUUCCGGUACCCUAAAUGGAUGUCGCCGGAUCUCAAACGCCUUUUAUCUCGAAUUCUCGACACCAAUCCGGAGACGAGGAUCACCAUCGACGAGAUCAUCGAAGAUCCGUGGUUCCGGAAAGGAUCCAAAGGAAAGCUGAAAUUCUACGACGAAUUCCUGCAAGUCAACAAGGAAGAAGGUCCGAGCCCUAGCAGCGCGUCCUGUUUAAACGCCUUCAACCUAAUAUCCUUCUCCUCCGGGCUGGACCUAUCCGGAUUGUUCGACGGCGCGUCAAGCUCCGUCACCGACUCCGAGAGAAUAGUGGUGGAGUCGGCGCCGGAGAAAGUGAUGGAGCGAGUCGAGAGAUUCGCUGCGGCGGAGAAGAUCAGACUGAGGAAAAGGAAGGAAUUGGGAAUCGAUCUGGAAGGGCAGAAUGGGAAAUUCAUCGCCAGCUUGGAGGUUUAUCGUUUGAACGAUCGUAUGGUCGUGGUGGAAGGCAAAAGGACGGCCGGCGACCCCGAAAUGUUCAGAGAGUCAUGGAGGGAAAAGAUUAAGCCGGCGAUUUUAAGCCGAUCGGAGAAUCAGGUUUCCGGUAGCUGCUAGACUACUUCACCGCCGCCGGCGGGAUCUAGAACAACGUUCGUACUUACGGACAUUAAAUUAUCAUUACAUUAUUAUGAUUAUUAUAUUAUAUGUAUAAAAAAUAUUUCUAUUAAUUAUUAUUUGAUCAUAGUAACGUGUCGCAUGUUUGCGUGAUAGCGUGUGACAGUGCAUUAGUUAAUCUAUACUUUUAAAAUAAGAUGACUUGAAGCCGCCGGCGGGAAUGGAAUCGAUUCGCCCGGCGGCUCUAGACUUUGUAACUUUUGUUCAUAUUUUACGCUUUGUUUCUCGGCCAACGGUUGGCCGGC